CCCCUCAUCGGCUGCAUCUGCCUCCAUCUGCCCUUCCUCCCACCUGGCCGUCGUCCACGGAGCACAGGCAGCCCUUCUGCAUCUCUGCCCCACCUUCCUUCUGUGAAUUCCAGCCAUGGAGCGGGCCGUCAACAAAUCCACCUCCAAGCAUGUCAAGCCGCUCAAGGCCAAGCACAUCCAAGUGCUCACCACCGUCACAUGGACUCGAGAAAUCUCCAUCGCAGACCUCUUCUAUCUCAUAGAAAAGCGCAUGAAAGACAAUAGCUGGGUGGUCAUGCUCAAGUGCCUCAUCCUGAUCCACAUCUUGAUGCGCGAAGGAUACACCGAGAGAGUGACAGGCUUUAUCGCUGGCAAUCCUACGAUCCUGGACGUUUCUUGGUUCAGAGACAAGACGAUGAGCCCCACAGCCAUCCAGCAAACCGAAAACAUUCGGAACUAUGCAACCUAUCUGCAAGACAAGGUCUUUGUCUUCCGAGAGAUCAAGGAUGACUUUGUAAAGUCCAAGAACGACAUUGUCAUCAAGCUGCGCUCGAUGACAGCCGAGACCGGGCUUCUCGUCCAGGUCUCGCUCCUGCAGCGCCAGGUUUCAGCGCUGCUCGGAUGCUCGUUCUAUGCCGAGGAGAUCGACAACGUGGUCACUCUGCAAGCCUUCAGGAUGCUCGUGGGCGACAUGAUGGCUCUCUUUCACUUGCUCAACGAAGGUGUCAUCCGCAUCCUAGGCAUUUUCUUUGAAAUGGAAAGGGAUGAUGCGCAGAAGGCCAUGGACAUCUACAAGAAGUUUGCUGGCCAGGCCCAACGCAUCAUUGACUUUUUCGACAUUGCUCGAAGGCUCCGCAGCGACCUCGGCAUUGAUAUUCCACACUUCAAGCAUGUAUGCUUUCGUUCGACCAGAGCGUAUGAUCUCAGAUACGCAAUGCACUCACGCCGCAUUUAUUGAAUCCCUAGGCCCCCGUGUCGCUGGUCAGCGCCCUGGAAACGUAUCUUAGCGCUCCGGAUUUUGAGGCACAACGAGCUGACUACAGAGAGCGAAAGGGCCCCAAAGGAACGGAGCUCCAAGCCAAAUCCAAUACGGA